GUUGAGGGUCCUCCAGCCCUGGCGCUUAACUCUGACGUAAUCUCCGGUUGCCGUGCUGAGUCGGAAGUAGGAACCCUUCGGCCCCGGAGACUGUGGUGUCGCCGCUGCUGGCCCUCAGGUUCUGCCCCUCCCUCUAGGUCUGGAUGGAGGAUACGUUACAGUGAAAUGACAGACCAGGAGAAUAACAACAACAUCUCAAGUAACCCCUUUGCUGCUCUCUUUGGCUCUCUGGCCGAUGCCAAGCAGUUUGCAGCAAUCCAGAAAGAGCAGCUGAAGCAUCAGUCCGAUGAACUUCCAGCCAGCCCCGAUGACUCGGAUAACAGUGUGUCAGAGAGUCUGGAUGAAUUUGACUACUCAGUGGCAGAGAUCAGCCGCUCGUUCCGUUCACAGCAGGAAAUAUGUGAGCAACUCAACAUCAAUCACAUGAUCCAGAGGAUCUUCCUCAUUACUCUGGACAACAGUGAUCCAAGUCUGAAAAGUGGGAACGGCAUCCCCAGCCGCUGUGUGUACCUGGAGGAAAUGGCAGUAGACCUGGACGAUCAGGACUGGCUUGAUAUGAACAACGUGGAGCAGGCCGUCUUUGCUCGCUUGUUACUUCAAGAUCCCGGCAAUCACUUGAUUAACAUGACAUCCUCGGGCACGUUGAAUCUCUCUGCUGACCGGGAUGCUGGGGAAAGGCACAUUUUCCGCUACCUUUUUUCCUGCUUCCAAAGAGCCAAGGAAGAGAUCACCAAAGUUCCCGAGAACCUGCUGCCCUUCGCCGUGCAGUGCAGGAACCUUGUGGUGUCCAACACCCACACCGUCCUCCUAACCCCCGAGAUCUACGUGGACCAGAACAUCCAUGAGCAGCUGGUCGACUUGAUGUUAGAAGCCAUCCAGGGAGCUCAUUUUGAAGAUGUAGCUGAGUUCCUGGAAGAGGUGAUUAAAGCCCUGGUGUCCGAUGAGGAAGUUCGGACGUUUCCAGAGGUCAUGAAUCCCAUGUUUGAUGUUUUGUUGAGCCGAAUCAAAGAUCUGGAGCUCUGCCAAAUGCUGCUGUAUGCCUACCUGGACAUUCUUCUCUAUGUCACCCGGCAGAAGGACAUGGCUCAGGUCUUCGUAGAAUACAUUCAGCCCAAGGACCUUAGCAACGGGCAGAUGUACCAGAAGACUUUGCUGGGCAUAAUCUUGAACAUCUCCUGCUUGUUGAAGACUCCAGGUGUCGUGGAAAACCAUGGCUACUUCCUGAAUCCGUCUCGGUCCAGUCCCCAGGAGAUCAAAGUGCAAGAGGCCAAUAUCCAUCAGUUCAUGGCUCAGUUCCAUGAAAAGAUCUACCAGAUGCUGAAGAACCUGCUGCAGCUCUCUCCCGAGACCAAGCACUGCAUCUUGUCCUGGCUGGGAAACUGUCUGCAUGCAAACGCAGGCCGCACCAAGAUCUGGGCCAACCAGAUGCCAGAAAUCUUCUUCCAAAUGUACGCCUCGGAUGCCUUCUUCCUGAACCUGGGUGCUGCCCUCCUGAAGCUCUGCCAGCCAUUCUGCAAACCCAAAUCCUCUCGGCUGCUCACCUUUAACCCCACUUACUGUGCCCUGAAGGAGUUGAACGACGAAGAACGGAAAAUUAAGAACGUCCACAUGCGAGGUUUGGACAAAGAGACGUGUCUGAUCCCAGCUGUGCAGGAGCCAGAGUUUCCCCAGAAUUAUAACCUAGUGACAGAGAAUCUUGUUCUUACUGAGUACACGCUGUACCUGGGAUUUCAUAGGUUGCAUGAUCAGAUGGUAAAAAUCAACCAGAAUCUGCACCGGCUGCAGGUUGCCUGGCGGGACGCUCAGCAGAGUUCCAGCCCCGCUGCCGACAACCUCCGAGAGCAGUUCGAGCGACUGAUGACCAUCUACCUUUCCACCAAGACCGCCAUGACUGAGCCACAGAUGCUGCGGAACUGCCUGAACUUGCAGGUGUCCAUGGCGGUUCUCCUGACACAGCUGGCCAUCGGCAACGAGAGCUCACAGCCAAAGGAGCUGACCUUCCCGCUGCCGGACAGCUACAGCUCCCUGGCCUACGUGCCAGAAUUCUUUGCAGAUAACCUGGGGGAUUUCCUCAUUUUCCUCCGCCGCUUUGCUGAUGACGUCUUGGAGACAUCAGCAGACUCCUUGGAGCACGUCCUUCACUUUAUCACCAUCUUCACUGGAAGCAUAGAAAGGAUGAAGAAUCCUCACCUAAGAGCCAAACUGGCCGAGGUGUUGGAAGCAGUGAUGCCCCACCUGGAUUCAGCCCCGAGCCCCCUGCUGUCCAGUGUGUUCCACCGGAAGCGCGUGUUCUGCAGUUUCCCCCACGCCCCACACCUUGCAGAAGCGCUAAUCAAGGUCUUCGUGGAUAUCGAGUUUACAGGAGACCCGCAUCAGUUUGAACAGAAGUUUAAUUAUCGCCGCCCCAUGUACCCUAUCCUGAGGUAUAUGUGGGGAACGGAUCCCUAUCGAGAGAGUAUUAAGGAUUUAGCAGACUAUGCCUCGAAGAACUUAGAAGCCAUGAACCCCCCACUUUUCCUCCGCUUUCUCAACCUGCUAAUGAAUGAUGCCGUCUUCCUCUUGGAUGAAGCCAUACAGUAUUUGAGCAAGAUAAAGAUUCAGCAGAUUGAGAAGGACCGUGGCGAGUGGGAUAGCCUCACGCCAGAAGCCCGCCGGGAGAAGGAGGCCGGCCUGCAGAUGUUUGGACAGCUGGCCCGUUUCCAUAACAUCAUGUCCAAUGAAACCAUCGGCACCCUUGCCUUUCUCACAUCAGAGAUCAAGUCCCUCUUCGUGCACCCCUUCCUGGCCGAGCGCAUCAUCUCCAUGCUAAACUACUUCCUCCAGCACCUAGUUGGGCCCAAAAUGGGGGCCCUCAAGGUCAAGGACUUCAGUGAAUUUGACUUCAAACCCCAGCAGCUCGUGUCGGAUAUCUGCACCAUCUACCUGAAUCUCGGGGAUGAGGAGAACUUCUGUGCAACUGUGCCCAAGGAUGGACGCUCCUAUUCCCCGACCCUGUUCGCACAGACAGUUCGAGUCCUGAAGAAGAUAAAUAAGCCGGGGAAUAUGAUUGUGGCGUUCAGCAACUUAGCAGAAAGAAUCAAGUCUCUAGCCGACCUCCAGCAGCAGGAAGAGGAGACCUACGCAGACGCGUGCGACGAGUUCCUGGACCCCAUCAUGAGCACGCUCAUGUGUGACCCUGUGGUGCUGCCGUCCUCCAGGGUCACUGUGGAUCGCUCCACCAUUGCCAGGCAUUUGCUCAGUGACCAAACAGAUCCCUUUAAUCGUAGUCCCCUCACCAUGGACCAGAUCCGGCCAAACACAGAACUAAAAGAAAAAAUCCAAAGGUGGCUUGCCGAGAGGAAGCAACAGAAGGAGCGACUUGAAUAAAUACUGUGAACCAGACCAACCUCACCAACCCCAGCGUGUAGAUAAGCACUUGCAGUUCUCACUUUCUGGUUCUGUUUGCUUUCCUUCUUUCUUCCCUUCUUUCCUCCCUCCUUCCUUCCUUCCUUCCUUCCCUCCUUCCUUCCUUCCUUCCUUCCUUCCUUCCUUCCUUCUUUCCUUCCUUCCUUCCUUCCUUCCUUCCCUCCCUCCCUCCCUCCCUCCCUCCUUCCCUCCUUCUUUCCUUCCUUCCUUCCUUCCUUCCUUCCUUCUUCCUUCCUUCCUUCCUUCCUUCCUUCCUUGUCUUUCUUCCAUUCUCUCUCCUUCCUUUCUCUCUCCUUUCUUUCUUCCUUUCUUCCUUCCUUCCUUCUUUUCUUUCUUUCUUUCUUUCCUUCCUUCCUUCCUCCCUUCCUUCCUUCCUUUCUUGACUGUAUUAGAGAACUGCUUUUGCUCAAAUUACGAUAAUUAGAUUCCUGAGAACUUGACAGUGCUCUCCCAGCUUACAGGAAGUGAUACUACAACAUCACCAAGUUAGAAUCAUCACUAAUUUUUUACCCUCUGUUCUCUUCUUCCUUCUCCUACCUUAAUUUAUAUUAAAUCCCACUAUUAAAACUUCCUGUUACUAUUUCUCUUCCAAGAACUGCUCAGACAUCAUUGGUGAGCAUUGCUUGUAAGUAUGCGAUGUCCUGUAACAGCUCUGACCCUGUCAGAACCACUCAUUACAGAGGCAUUCGCUACUCCUCAUGGCCGCAGCGUUAGUCCUUUGCCUCCUUAAUGCUUUGUAAUGUCCAUGAAUGACCUUACAGAAAAGAUACUUUGACAUUGGAGUAGUCUUUUGAGUAAGGUGAUAAAUGAAAUGGGAAAAAAAAAAAAAGGAGUCUUAGGGGAAUGUUUGUUGAUAGCUCUUACUGUAUUACCUUGUAACUCUGAAUAUUGUAUUAGUCCUGAACUUCAGGGUCCAGCCACUCCCCUGUGGUGUCCAGAACACAGAAAACUCACCCCUGUAGGAUAUUUAGGGGGAUUAGUAGAUGGACUUGAUUCAAAAACCUGAGUCAACAAAUUUUGAGGCAAAUAAAUAGGGGAUGUUCUUGGGCCCAUUUUUUUAUGGAAUCUCUGCUACAAGGAUUAGACUUUGGUAGAAGAGUUAGUCAACAAAUAGCAUAACCAUGAAAAAUGUUACAGUAACUUAAAAAAAAAAUAAAUAAAACCUAGUAUCAGUGGUGUAUCUUAGUGUGUCCACACACUGAGCAGAGCGCAGGCAUGCCAUGUGCUCCAUUUUAUUUCGGUCACUGUCAGUUGUAGGCAGUGUGGUGUUUACUAACAUUCGAGACUGAAUCCUGAGACUCCAGAACGAUAGAGCUCUUGUUCGUUUGGGCUUACCAUUUCCAAGUGUGAUUUCUAACUCAGCCUCAGGUCAUCCAUUAGCAAAGUCGGACUCAGCACAGCCGGGUCCACAAGCCAUUUUACCACCCAAAGCCGGAAGAUUUCAUAAACAACAAAUGCAGAUCAGUGUAGAAGAUGGGUCAGGGCUUCAUGUGGAGCCCAUGAUCCAUCAUGGCCCCAGAGAUGGUAGCUGUCUGGCUGCCCCCUAUUUGUUGCUAUAAGGGAACCUUUGAUUUGGAUGGUGUCUAUUGAAAAACCCCAAAUCAGGGUAGCCCACACUCGCUAUGAAGUCGAUGUUUCUCGCCUGUCACUGGGCUGGUCAAAAAGGAAGGCUGCGACCUUGGCAGACAGCAGAAUGUCCGAAAUUAAUUCCGUGCGCUCCCUGGGCCUGGACCGUGUGGUUUAAUAGAAACUGUUUUCUUACACUGAGCUUCGUUUUCAUAUUUAUUACCCUCCUCUACUUCGAAUAAUGAACUGUAUAUAAAAUAAACCUCCCACCUACUUGCAUUUACCUUAUGAACUUAAUCUAACAGGGUGUUUUCAUUUUGUAGAGAAGGGGGGUGUGGGGCUGGAACGGGACGGGGACAAGGACCCGAGUUUUCGAGGAGACAGUUGGAGGGGAGUGGACACAAAACCUCGGGAGGCCGCUGCUCCCAGCAGCUUUCCCAUCAGCAACCUCGACGCUGCCUCUAGUGUCUCUGUGUUCUGGACUUAGUCCCUGGACUGUAAGUCUUUUCAAACCGCUCUUUUGUGUUUCAAGCUCCUUUCCUGGAACUUUUUACAAAUGGCACCAUUCGUGCUGCUGGACAUCUUCCACCCAUCACAAAGGCGAUUGUGUAGCGUUAGGCCACCACUGGUCACAAAACCAAGUGUCCUCUGUGCCUUUUAUUUUUUCCCUCUCCUUGAAGUAGUUCUAAGAGGCUCCCCCCAAAAUGGGACUUGCAUCGUGAUACAGCACAAUUACAGUCUGCACUUCUUCGAAGCUUCAAGAAGUGUUUCCUUGUCUGGAAUUCGGAAGCAGUUCAACAGCUUUCAGAGCAAACUGUGUUGGCUGUGCUGGAGUGUGACAGGAAAAAGAAGACGAAGCAGCUCUGAUAGGCCCUACCAAGAGGGUAAUACUAAGCUUAGAAAAUUAAGUUAAGUUUGGUCAGGCAAAUCUGAGUUUGUGGUUUGACUUUUCUUUUUUUCUUUUUUUUUUUUUAAUUUAAUGGCUAUGUAAAAACUGAAAGACACUUGAAAGGUUUUUGGCUGUGCAGGGGAAGGUGCCCGUUGCUAUUUGGUAUCUCACUCAACAAAAGCUUCAUGACUUGAUUUGAUGCUGGUUGCUAGGCAGCGGCGCACAGAGCUUAAGUCUGCUGGGUGCCUUUACAAGUCCGUGGAAGUCACGUGAGGAAACAAUGCCCAGGCUCUAACUGCUCAAGAGGGAAAGAACCAGAAAACCAAGAACCAAAUCACUAAGAGGUGAACUGAAUUAAACUUGAUCAACAGUAACUAUUUUGAAACAUUCCAGGAAGGUGACUUCUCAUCAGACUUGCCUGGGGGUGUCUGUUCAAAAGCUUGUAUUUAAUAAAUGACCACCUG